AUGCAGCGAGUGUUCCACAACGACCGGAAACAACCAAGCUCGCUUGGAUAUUCUUAUGCAGGCUACAUCGAACGCCAAGCCAGACGUUUCCCAAUCAUGAUGUACACGUUGAUACAGUGUGUCCCAUGCCAAAGGGCAAAACACCUACUAGCGGUCAAUUACGCCGAUGUGGCAGCACAUUUCCUAGAAUUCGCUGGCCAUGAAGAUUGGCAACGACAGCUAUCUGUCGAUCUCAUCCGAUUAACUGGGCAAGAAACCUUCCCUUACAUUUUCAUAUGUGGACAGAAUAUUGGAGGUGCUUCAGACUUGUUCCAACUUCACCAAAGCGGACAGCUAAGAUCCACUCUGAACAACUGCACUUGA